CGUGACGACCCAACCCGCGCGUUGGGCGUUGGCGUUGAGCACACUCUCCAUGCCGUGACACCAAGCACGGGGAGAGAUUGGCCAUCGGGAGCGAGGGGGACAGGUCCCAGGUCCGCGACUGGUGAGAGGUCCCUGGCAAACGCAGUUGCAUCGUCGCUUGUCAGGGCGGGGCCGUCACGUGGCACCACCACAUCCACACGAUGAGCCAUCUGAUCCGCGGGUCGGCCAGUUGCUCGUAUGAGAAAAGGGGAGCUGGGAGAGAGCCGGGGAGGGAGAAGCUCGCUCGAGAGAGGGCAUGGCGGGCGAGCUGGUCGUCUGGGUCGCGCUCCUGCUCGCCCACGAGCUCCUGCCGUGCCCUGGCGCGGCGGCGGCCGUCGGCCGCGGCCAGUUCCCUGACGACUUCCUGUUCGGGACCUCCACCUCCGCGUACCAGAUUGAAGGCGCAUAUUUGGAGGAUAACAGAGGCUCAUAAGCCAGGCACAAUUGAGGAUGGAAGUAAUGGUGAUACCGCUGAUGAUCACUAUCAUCAUUACAUGGAAGACAUUGAAUUGAUGCAUUCCUUGGGUGUCAACUCAUACCGAUUCUCCAUUGCGUGGACAAGAAUUCUACCAAGAGGUCGAUUUGGACAUCUUAAUCCAGAUGGUGUAGCAUUCUAUAAUCAACUUAUUGAUGCACUACUGCAGAAAGGCAUACAACCAUUUGUAACAAUAUCUCAUUACGACAUCCCACAAGAACUAGAAGCACGAUAUGGUGGAUGGUUGAGCCCAGAAAUUCGGAAGGACUUUGGCUACUUUGCAGAAGCAUUGUCAUUCAGACUUCGAGCAUUGUCAGAGGCACAGAACGCACAGGCUUGAACAACUUUUUUUUCCGAAAGGACGGCAAAGCUCUUGCCGAAUUUUUAUUAGAAGAAAAAAGAGUUUAAAAUACAACUGCACCCAAACCGACUACGCGCACCACGACCACAUGCUUGAACAACUUCACCCGUCGAUUUCGUCAGUUGCGCAUGUUUGCGCGUAGUGAUCAUUGUCUCAUUGGCCAACGUCUUGCCUCACAAGACCACGACUAGAUGGCAGCAUCCGAUCCAUGUGCAGGUUGGUUCUUUGACGAACAUCGACUGGGAGUUAGUUGCGGCCAAAUUAAUUGAAGUUGGCAUUGCUUACAGAGACGCAAUAUCUGCAGCCUGUCCAUGAUCCCAGCACGAUUUAGACGAUCGGUUAGAUGAGAUUAUUGGUGAAAAUAAAGUCUCCUGAUGUAGCGUCGCAUUGAAAGUUCCUGUACAAGCUGCAGAUAUUUAGGUGUUGUGUCAUUGCCAGACAUGUCCGACUGGAAUCUACAAGUGUCCAUCAGCAAUGCUAUAGCACAACCACAAGCUGUACACACAUCAACACAUGGUCGAUCGAUCCCUAGGUCGUGGUCGUGUCACACGCACGUCGUUCUUUCGGCGUGCCUCGCGUCCAAUGAAGUCCCGCUCCAAAGGACGGCAGAUGGUUGAAUAUUGGAGGGGAGAUGUUAUGAUCAGAAGAGGACAGAAUUCAAACAAACAAAAAGAAAAGGACAUAAAAACGAGAAAAGCGAAAUCCCACAUAUGCUUUAGUCUUUUAGAUGGCUUUAGACUCAAUUUUCAUGUCUUACAUUGUGCCAAGAUUUAUGAUUUAGGAUGGUACUAUAUUAUUAGGCAAGGAAAAGUCAAGCGUAUUUUAUAGCCUACCGCAUCUCCAAGAGUUUUUCUAAAAUCUACUUUAAAUCAUAAUUUAAAGAGUCAUUUAAAAAAAUGUUUUCUAUAUCUUUGUACUUUCCAACAAUUUUUCUAUAUCUAGUACGCAGUGUAGAGAGUCAUUCUUCCUCUCCAUCUUUGGCUAGCGAGAAAUCCAGAAUGGAUGAUAUCUAUAUUCAGAUAUCCAAUUGAAGGACAGGGGCGGAUCUACAAUGGGUGCAUGGGGUUAAAGUUGUACCCCCCCCCCCCCAAAUUCUUUUUGCAAAAACACUUAACAUAUAUACCUCUCUGUAUAUUGUACAUACACAAAUCCUUGUAAAUAUAAAGUCUAAGUGCUAAACGAGAGCAUAACAGUCAUAAGCAUCCCACUGUGCUAUCCUCUAGGGCGAACACAAUGUUCAUAUAAUAUUGAGUAUUGAUUUUGUUAUGCGAAUGCGACCAUCUUGACAAAGGUAAUUUAAAUCUUAGUUGUUUUCAAUCUAUUCAUUCAGGUCCCAUUCUA